CUCCAUCAUCACAAGCCUUUUGGUACACUACUCAAGUUAAAAGGACGGCCAAACCAACAGGCUAUUAUUCCAAAACCUUGAAUCAAUCACCUGGAUUAAUCUUUUUCUUCAAGAGGAAACCAUGCAUGAUCCCACAUCAGUAAAUGAUAACAAUGCAAUUUAAUUUCUCGUCAUCUUGUUAUAUAUUCAAGGACAGCAGUCCAAACCACAACAGGACAAAACUCUUUUGCAUGUCGUACUAGUUCUCAAGCUGCAAAGCAUCCUCAUUGCUUGACAUCAAACAUGGCCGGCAUGCCGCUUGCUUCUGAUGGGGUUUCAUUGUCCAGGAGUAUUCAAGAGAUGUCCAUGAACGGUGAUGAGCCUCCCCCAGAAUUUUAUGUAAAAGACAGCAGUUUCACACACACAGAUUAUUCCGAUCUUUCUGCAUCAAUUUCAGUUCCGGUCAUUGACAUUAGUCUACUGCUCUCCUCAAAAGAUGAACUGGAAAAACUAAGACAGGCUCUCAGCUCUGGUGGUUGUUUCCAGGCUAUUGGCCAUGGGAUUUCCAAUUCAUUUAUUGACAAGGUCCGUGAAGUUGCAAAACAAUUUUUUGGACUUCCACAGGAAGAGAAGCAGAAGUACUCCAGAGCAGUUAAUGAGGUUCAGGGUUAUGGCCAUGAUCUGAUAGUCUCAGAAAAGCAAGUUCUUGACUGGAACAGUCGCUUGUUUCUAAGGGUAUUUCCUGAACAUCAAAGAAAGCUCGAUCUCUGGCCAGAAAACCCAAAAAAUUUCAGAGAGGUCUUGCAUGAAUAUUCCAUCAAGGUAAAGCACAUGAUGGAUCUUCUCUUUCAGGCGAUGGCGAAAUCACUGAACUUAGAAGAGAAUAGCUUCUCGGACCAGUUUGGAGACAAUCCAGUAAUGCAAAUCAGGUUUAACUUCUAUCCACCUUGUUCAAGACCAGACAAGGUUCUUGGGGUCAAGCCUCAUUCUGAUAGAUCAGGCGUGACAGUCCUUUUGCAAGAUGAAGAAGUGGAAGGUCUUCAAAUUGUCGAAGAUGACAGAUGGAGCACAGUUCCUGUCAUUCCUCAUGCUCUUGUUGUCAAUCUUGGUGAUCAAAUGCAGAUAUUGAGUAAUGGAAUCUUCAAGAGCCCAAUGCACAGGGUGGUGACAAACACAGACAAGUUGAGGAUAUCUGUGGCAAUGUUUAAUGAGGCAGAGCCAGAUAAGGAGAUAGGACCCGUCGAAGGCUUGAUAGAUGAUAACAGGCCAAGGUUAUAUAGAAAUGUGAAAAAUUAUGCUUCUUUCAACUAUGAGUGCUUUCAGAAUGGCAAAGUAGCUCUUGAGGAAGUAAAAUUUCAUGCAUAAGAGUAUGUGAUCAACUCAUCAUGUAAGGAUUAUGGCUCUUUUGUGGAAGCAGAUUCUGAUGCAUGCGUAGCAGAGUCCUUCAUCAGCAAGAAAGUAAGAACAAGUGUUAGGUUAUUUUUGUGAUGCUUAGAAGGUAACUUCAUUAAGGCUAUUUAUUUUUCACUAGUGCUUUACGUGAUUAUCCAGAAGCUGGAAGGGAAAGAAUUAUAAUUGCAGCUAUAAAUUGAGACUAUGAUGUAUUGAGAAUUUAAGCAUAUUGAAGCAUGAAGUUUAGCAAAAUUA